GUGUUCAUGUUUUUGCAUUUUUAUCUUCUCUGUGAUAUUUCACUACAGUCUGAACAAGCAUCUGAGGCUGAAAUACACCCCCAGCUGAACAGAGCCCCCUCUCAAGCUGCAGACAGUAGUCCAACAAAGAAGGACAUACCAUAUUCUCAGCCUCCAUCAAAGCCCAUCCGAAGGAAAUUCCGACCUGAAAACCCAGCUCCAGAAAACCAAGAGCCUUCUAGCACUGUUGGCGGGCCAGCGUCGGCAGCGACCGGGAAACCCCACACGGCAGUUCAGAAACAGUCUUCCAAACAGAAGAAGGCUAUUCAAACUGCUAUCCGCAAAAAUAAAGAGGCAAAUGCAGUGCUGGCCCGGCUGAACAGUGAACUUCAACAGCAGCUCAAGGAGGUUCAUCAAGAACGGAUUGCAUUGGAAAACCAAUUGGAACAACUUCGUCCAGUCACUGUGUUGUAACCCCCAAGACUCAAGUAACAGUGGGUGACUUUUUCUGCCAAGAUCUUUUCUUUGAAUGUUUCAACCCAACUACUUGUCAUAGAUGUCCAGGACUGUGAAGAGCUGCGAGCAGCGGA